GGUUGAGAUGGAUGAGGUAUUAGGUUGGUAGUUACUAGCUAGGAAGGAAGAAGGAAGAAGAAAGAAAGAGAUUAGAGAGAUGGAGGUGGAGUUGGAGCCUCGAGUGAAGGCUCUUCCGUACAAGGUGAAAGCCAUGUCCAGGGAGUCCCCUUCUCAGAAGGCACUUCACGUUCUCGACACCGACCUCCGCACUCACUGGUCCACCGCCACCAACACCAAGGAGUGGAUUCUUCUCGAACUCGAUGAGCCUUGCCUAUUGUCACACAUACGGAUUUACAACAAGUCUGUACUUGAGUGGGAAAUUGCAGUUGGAUUGCGUUACAAGCCAGAGACGUUUCAGAAAGUUCGACCACGUUGUGAAGCACCUAGACGUGACAUGAUCUACCCUACAAACUAUAUUCCAUGUCGAUAUGUGAGGAUAUCUUGUUUGCGUGGGAAUCCCAUUGCCAUUUUCUUCGUUCAGCUGAUUGGAGUUUCUGUGGUUGGUCUUGAGCCCGAGUUUCAACCAGUUGUUAAUUACUUGCUACCACAUAUUAUAUCACACAAACAGGAUCCUCAUGACAUGCAUCUCCAGUUAUUGCGAGACUUGACGAGUCGGUUACUUGUAUUUCUUCCACAACUAGAGGCAGACCUUACAACCUUUCCAGAUAGUCCAGAGUCUAGCCUACGCUUUAUAUCCAUGCUUGCGGGUCCUCUUUAUCCCAUUCUUCAUGUGGUGAAUGAACGGACUUCUUCAAAGCCUUCAGGAAAUAUCACAGAUCUUGAUAUCUCCAAAAGUAGUCAACCCUCGACAGCUUUAACUGUUUCCUCUAACUUUGAGCCUAGGAGAUCACGAAGUACAUCACCUCUUAUCUUGUCUGCACAUCGAGCCAUAGUUUUUAGGCCAGAUGCAAUUUUUGUGCUACUGAGGAAGGCAUAUAAAGAUUCUGAUCUUGGAUGUGUUUGUAGAACGGCAGCUAGAAUUAUGCAGAAGUUCAUAAACCCUGAUACCGAUCAAAAUGUAUCUAACCCUCAAAAUGAUAUAUUAUCUAUUUCGGAAGAAAAAUCAAAACUUGAACUGUCGAGUUCUUUCACCUUAUUUGACUAUUCAAGCCUCUUCGGUGAGGAGUUCCGGAUGCCAGAUGAGCCUUGGGAUUGCAGUUAUCUUAAUAUAUUGGAUAUUGCAGCACUGGAAGAAGGAAUCUUAAAUGUUUUAUUUUCUUGUGCGUCACAGCCUGUCCUUUGCAGCAAGCUGGCAGAGAGAGCUUCAGACUUUUGGGCUGUGCUGCCACUUGUACAAGCUCUGCUUCCAGCUCUGCGCCCAUUGGUGAGCAAUCCUUUUGAAAUUGUUGAUGAGACUUUUUCGCCAUGGAAGCAGCCUAUUGUACAACAGGCCUUAUCCCAGAUUGUUGCUACAGCAACAUCAGACGCAUAUCGACCACUUCUUCAUGCAUGUGCUGGUUAUCUCUCUUCAUAUUCACCAUCUCAUGCUAGGGCUGCAUGUGUGCUGAUUGAUUUGUGCUCUGGUGUGCUAGCACCAUGGAUGACUCAGGUGAUUGCGAAGGUUGAUCUUGCUUUGGAGCUGAUGGAGGAUCUUUUGGGUGUAAUACAGGAUGCCCACAAUUCACUUGUUCGUGCUCGUGCUGCCUUGAAGUAUAUCUUGCUUGCUCUGUCCGGGCACAUGGAUGACAUUUUGGGGAAGUAUAAGGAAGUUAAACACAGAAUCCUCUUUCUUGUGGAGAUGCUGGAGCCUUUUCUUGAUCCCGCCAUUGCUGUAUCGAAAAGCAAAAUAGCUUUUGGGAAUCUUCCAGCUUCCUUUCAAGAAAAACAGGAACACAACUGCAUGAUUGCUCUAAAUAUCAUCCAUAUUGCAGUACGAAAGCCAGCUGUACUACCUUCUUUGGAAUCAGAGUGGAGGCAUGGAUCUGUGGCUCCUAGUGUGCUUCUCUCCAUAUUGGAACCGCACAUGCCAUUGCCACCUGAUGUUGACCUCUGUAAGUCUGCCUCCAAACCAGCAGAACCAGAAACUUUAUUGUCACCACUCUCAUCUGUUUUUAAUGGUAGUAGUGGUUUCUCUAAGCCAAAUGGGCAAGAUGAAUCUGAUGGAAAAUCAGAUGUUUCAGAAACAGCAGGAAAAUCUGAUUCCAUUGAAGACCGCAAUCUACUUUUUGCCCCACCAGAAUUGCAGAAUAUUGCCUUGACCAAGUUUUCUAGCAUUCCUAGUCAAAAUAAUUCUGUCGCAAACUUUGGGGAUAUGAGCGCCGAAUCAAGUCAAAUGGUUGAAAAACAUUCCACUGAUGUUCUCUUGAAUGAUGGUCGGGGUUUUGACUAUUUAAACUUGCAAGCAGAUUAUUUUCAACUUUUGAACUACCAUGAUUGUGAGCUUCGUGCUUCUGAGUUUAAACACUUGGCUUUAGAUUUUCAUUCUCGAAGUGAUAUUACUGUUGAAAGCCAUGAUGCUGCAAUUGAUGCAUUGUUAUUGGCUGCAGAAUGCUAUGUAAAUCCUUAUUUCAUGUUGUCUAUUGGAGCCUCUUCAAAACUUGUGGACCUUUUCAACAUCAAUGCAAGGAAAACAUUGCAGUUUCACAAUAUUAAGCAGUUAAAUAAGGCUUCUGGAACGAAUAAAGCUAAUUUGGAAACAGUAGCAAAUUUAGAAGGAAAAAGAGAUAAACUUGUUUUUCACAUACUGCUUGAGGCUGCUGAAUUAGAUAGAAAAUAUCAUUCAACAGUAUCUGAUGGUGAAGAUUGUCCUUAUUUUACUGAGGGAUUUGAUGAGCAGGUUAUCAAGCUGUCUCCACAUGAUAUACAAUAUGCUGAUGCUCUUACAUUGGUUCGACAAAACCAAGCUUUGCUAUGUAGCUUCCUAAUCCAACGACUGCGGCGAGAUCAAAUUUCUAUGCAUGAGAUUCUUCUGCAGAGUCUUUUGUAUUUUUUGCACUCUGGCACCAAACUGUAUUGUCCUCCAGAGCAUGUGAUAGAUAUCAUUUUAAAAUAUGCUGAAGACUUGAACAAGAUGGUGUCAUCUUUCCAUCAGCAGCUAAAGGAAGGCAGUUUGCAUUUGGCACAAGAAAGAACACAAGGGGUAGAGCGACGUUGGUUGCUGCUGCAACAACUUGUAAUUGCUUCAAGUGGUGGAGAUGACAAGGAAAAAUUAAUAACAAAAAUCCAGAAUAAUUGCCUGUCUGGAAACUUAAUUCCCUUUUCUGCAUGGAUGCAGAGAAUUUCUCAGUUCUCUUGUUCACCAUACCCUUUGGUUCGAUUUUUGGGUUGGAUGGCAGUAUCUCGCAAUGCAAAACAGUAUAUGAAGGACAGAAUGUUCCUUGCAUCAGAUCUGUCUCAGCUAUCACACUUACUUUCGAUUUUUGCUGAUGAUCUUGCUGUCGUUGAUAGUGUUGUCGAUGGAAAGUAUAAAGAUGUUAAACUUGAAGAUUCCAGGGGCGAACAUGAUUCUUCAGCUAAAAGAGAGUUUGAACAGUGUAAUCAAAACCGUAAGGACAACUCUUUCCGCGCAAUCUAUCCUGAGCUCUGGAAGUUCUUUCCUAGUGUGAAAAAGCAAUUUGAAACUUUUGGGGAAGCUAUUUUGGAAGCUGUUGGUUUGCAACUGAGAUCUGUUUCUUCUGCUCUUGUGCCUGAUGUUCUGUGUUGGUUUUCUGAGUUGUGCUCGUGGCCAUUUUCAUUUGCUUCUUCAAUUGGUAAUGAAAAUUUAAAGGGCUAUAAUGCAAAGAAUGCAAGAGCUAUAAUCCUCUAUAUACUUGAGUCUAUUAUAGUUGAGCACAUGGAAGCCAUGGUUCCCGAGACACCUAAAUUGGUGCAAGUGUUGGUUUCACUCUCAAGUUCUACAUACUGUGACGUUUCAUUUCUUGAAUCUGUAUUGCGUAUAUUGAGGCCUAUCAUUUCAUAUUCUUUGUCCAAGAUCUCACAUGAUGAAAGGUUGUCGGAUGGUGAUUCCUGUCUUAACUUUGAGGAAUUAUGCUUCAAUGUUCUAUUUGAUAAAAUUAAGCAGAAGAAUGAGAUAGAAGGAAAUUCUGAUGAUAAUGGGUACAAUGUAGCACUGGCUAUAUUUAUUUUGGCAUCAAUUUUUCCUGACUUAUCUAUUCAUUACAAGAGAGACUUUUUGCAGUGUUUAUUAAAUUGGGCAAACUUUCCUGAUAUCGAGCCAACCACUUCUUUCUAUGAUUAUCUAAGUGCAUUUCAAUGUGUUAUGGAUAACUGCAAAGUCCUGUUAGUGAAUACAUUAAAAGCCUUUGGUCUUAUUCCUCCUCAGCUGCCUCCUUUCCACCAUGCGAAUGAUGGGGACAUUUCUGAUGAUAACUCAAAGCCAAAGUCAUGGUUUCUUAGUGAUGUCUCUAACACAAUAAUUGAGAAUGAUGCUCAUAAGAUUGAAAUGAAUAAUGCUAUUGAUGAUGUUGAUCAGUGCCAUUUGCAUUCUGAUGAUCUAGAGAGCUUUUCCAAAGACUUAGAGGGUCUCAUUAAUGAGCUUAAUCCAGCUAUUGAGCGCUGCUGGAAUCUUCAUCAUCAGCUAACCAGAAAGCUGACAAUAAGUGCAGCAGAGUGUGUUGUCUAUUUAAAAUCUUUGACAUCAGUUUCUCAAAAGUUUAAGAGUACUGAAGAUUAUGAAAAUUCUUCCCCUGUUAAAUCAUCUGAACUGUCCACACAUCAUUGGACAACAGGUCUUGAAGGCCUUUCUGAAUUGAUCUUAAUGCUCCAAGAAAACCAUUGCUGGGAAGUUUCUUGCUUGAUAGUUGAUUGUCUACUUGGAAUUCCCAGUGGCUUUCGCCUGGAUAAUGUGAUAGGCACAAUUUGCUCUGCAAUCAAGAAAGUGUGUUAUAGUGCCCCGAAAAUCUCAUGGCGAUUGCAGAGUGAUAAAUGGCUAUCUUCUUUGAUUGCGAGAGGUAUCUAUUACAGUCAAGAAACUGAACUUCCUCUAAAAGAACUAUUCUGUAUAUUGCUGGGCCAUGCUGAGCCUGAGCAACGAAUUAUAGCUAUUAAACAUUUGGGAAAACUUGUUGGCCAGUACACCAAUGGAGAAAGAGCAGUUAUAUAUUCUAAAAUUUGCAGUGACUUGGUUCCAAAUAAGGUUUCUGUAUCUGUUCCAGAUCAUGUUCUCUCUCAUCUGGUUUCCAAUACAUGGGAUGAGGUCGUUGUGCUGGCAUCAUCUGAUUCCUCAUUACAAAUAAGGGUUCAUGCAAUGGCACUUCUUUCAAAUUACAUUCCAUUUGCUGAGCGUCAAAAGCUUCAAUCUUUUCUUAUGGCAGCAGAUACUAUUUGUUGUUUGCAUAACUCGCAACAAGUGCAUGAUGGUCCUGUCCUACAACUUUCAUUGGCACUUAUUGCUUGUGCUUGCUUGUACUCACCAGUUGAAGAUAUUUCUUUAAUUCCUGAAAAUGUAUGGAGAAGUAUUGAGGAGUUAGGCUCAACAAAACAUGAUGGCAAGCUUGGGGACAUAGAGAAAAGGACUUGUCAAGUUCUGUGUAGAUUUAGAGACGAGGGAAAUGAGGCCAAAAUGGCCCUGAAAGAAGUAAUUUCGUCAAGUUCUCCAAAGUAUUGUGAUCCAGAAUUUGCCAACACCCGUGAAUCUAUUCUCCAGGUCCUUUCCAACCUAACAGCCGUUCACUCAUACUUUGAUAUAUUUUCAAAUAAAAUUGACCAAGAUGAUAUGGAGGUAGAGGAGGCGGAGCUUGAACUAGACAUUAUACAGAAGGAAAAUACACUACCAAAACAGACUAAGGAUGCCAAAGAUGGUAAUCAGAUUCAAAGUCUACCCGCCUUGGAAAAGGAUGUUUCACGGCUUCAGCAAAUCAGAGAGUGCAUUCGUUCCCUAGAAAAGUCCAAGCUCAAAGAAGAUAUUCUAGCUCGUAGGCAAAAGAAACUACUUAUAAGACAUGCCCGCCAAAAGUAUUUAGAAGAAGCAACUCUACGGGAGGCAGAACUUCUUCAAGAACUUGAUAGGGAGAGAGCAGCUGAAAUGGAAAAAGAGCUAGAGAGACAGAGGUUGCUGGAAAUAGAGCGUGCUAAAACAAGGGAACUGCGUCACAAUCUUGAUAUGGAGAAGGAGAGGAAUACACAAAGAGAACUCCAGCGUGAAAUAGAGCAAGCCGAAUCAGGACUUCGAACAUCUCGACGGGACUAUCCUUCCUCCACUCACAGCAGUAGACCCCGGGAAAGAUUUCGUGAGAGGGAAAACGGAAGGUCUGCUAUCGAAGGCAGCACUAGAGCUGGAUCUGGGAGCUUACAGCCGGAAAUUCCCUCCACGAGUUCAUCAAUAGGAGGCUCACCAUCAAUUGUUGUUUCCGGGUCCCGGUCAUUUCCCAUCCAGCCUACCAUCUUACGAUCUCGUGAUAGCCAGGAUGACAGCAGUAGCUUAUACGAAGAAAAUGCUGAUGGAAGCCGGGAUUCGGGGGAUACCGGCAGCAUUGGAGAUCCAGAAUUAGUGUCAGCUUUUGAUGGCCAAUCUAGUGCAUAUGGUUCCCAAAGGCAUGGUUCAAGGGGAAGCAAGUCAAGGCAACUUGGUGAACGAAGAGAAAGGGAUAACAGACGUGAAGGAAAGUGGGAAAGGAAACAUUCAUAGCAGUAAAGAACAGGGAAUUUUUGUUCCCUGAUUACUAAUUAGGGUUUAUAUAUGUGCCAUACUAAGCCCUCCUUGUGGUUAGUUAUUUGCUUUUGUGGGGAAACAUGAUCGUGUUACAUGCUUUUGGGGGACUCUAAUUUUGUACAAUGUGGAUGUUUGUCUAGUAGUUGAUACUCAUCGGCAUGUAUAUAGAGAUCUAUUUAUUUGCUUAAA